GAUAAUGGUUUGCUCCUUGGGAUGGAGAAAGGAUGCAAAGGGACAGAUGUGCGAUUCGCUCAUAAAAGGACCACCACCUCCAAAGGUCUACAUCGGGAUAACGCUCCUCUCCUUCUCUAGCAAUUUGCAGUUCUGCUCGUUGGUUUUCCCGUGCAACCAUGUCGGAAGGGAUCCUACACUGCCAGCUUUUCGUGCUGCUCAUCACUGCUGCCCUCCUCAUUGAGACCGGCCAGUCGCAGACACCCGUCGCCAAGAAUGUGACAGCCGUGGAGGGCGAACGCGUCCUGCUGACCUGCACGGUGGAAAACAGCGAUGGCUCACCCAUCCAGUGGGCCAACUCGGCGCAGCAAACGCUGUUCUUCGACGAAAAAAAAGCCCUCAAGGACACACGGAUAGAGCUGGUUGAACGAGCGGACACGGUGUUGACCAUCUCCAUCACCAACGCCACCCUUACUGACGAGGGCAUUUACGUGUGCUCCCUGUUCACCAAGCCGGUCAAGACUGUGUCCACCACCCUCACGGUGCUGGCUGCACCUAAACAGCCAGUUAUUACGGGAUAUGAUGGAGUCCUAAUGGAAGGAGACACCAUCCAGCUCACCUGUCAAUCAACUGGAAGCAAACCUGCUGCCAACAUACGCUGGUUUAAGGGAAAUCAGGAGCUCAAAGGUCAGAGGCGUGAAAAAAAGGAUAACAACAAGAAAACGUUCACCGUGAUCAGCACCGUGAACAUCACAGUGGAGUGGGUGGACAACAUGACUCCAGUGAGAUGCCAGAUGGACCACCCUGCCUUGAGGACAACUCUGCUGCAGACUUCACAGGAUCUCCACGUUCAAUAUAAACCAAGACUGGUCAUAACACCCUCCAGCGAUAUAUUUGAAGAAGGAGACACAAUGGAAUUAAGUUGUAUUGCCACAGGAAACCCCAACCCAAGCUCCAUUCAGUGGGCGAGGAGAGAUGGAGAGAUGCCCGAUCGAGCCAGGAUUUUGGGGAACAAACUGGUAAUCACCGCUCUCAACAAAACAGACAACGGGACAUACAAGUGCGAAGGUUUCAACAACAUUGGCCAUUCUGCGGAGGAGUACACUCUAUACGUGCGCGAUCAAGCAACAUUCGCUGCCCAGAUUGGGACAGACCAGGCAGUGAUUGGAGGUGUAGUGGCAGUUGUUCUCUUCAUCACUCUCUGCCUCCUCAUCGUUCUAACGCACUACUUUGGAAGACAGAAAGGAACCUACUUCACCCAUGAAGCCAAGGGAGCUGAGGAUGCACCAGAUGCGGACACUGCCAUCCUCAACGCUGAGGGUGGUCACAGUCACCCAGAAGAGAAGAAAGAAUAUUUUCUGUGAGGACCCUUUGGGGUGUGGGUGUGCGUGUGUCUGUCUGUCUGUGUGCGUGUGUGUGCGCGUGUAAGUUUGUUUGAGAGCGAAAGCUAUGAAAACAUCCCGAUUAAAAAAAAAACUUUCCUCUUUUAACGUUCCCUAGCCGAUUCCGUGUUUUUAUUGCUUGAUUCGCAGCUGUUUUAUUAUUACUGUUAUUAAUAUCGUCACUGUAAUUAACGUUUCCUGCGGGGGUUUUCUCUUUCAUUUUAAUAGCCAGCAUUUUGCUCACAACCUUAGUCAAGAACCAAAAUUGUGAGAAUUAUCCAUAAUGCUUAAAGUGAUAUAUUAUGUUGCAUAGCUUGCUUGUAAUUUUUUUUGUUUACAAGCAUUAAGGGUUUUUACGAGUCAGAUAUGGCCAAAAACGCUUUGAUGUUAGUUGGAUUCUGAUGGAUGUUUGUCUUAUGAUUUUAUAUCGUAUAUAUAUAAUUUUAGUGCAUUUGUAUGAAUGUGUAAAGAUUGAGCAGCAUUUUUCAUGUGAAAAGGAGGACUUUUUUGCUUAAAUUCUUUGUGAUAAAUUGUGCACACACACAUACACACCACACACCUUCACGCUGAAUUUCAGUUGUAUCUCUGCGAGCAGCAAAGGAAUAUAUCGUGGCUUUUCUUUAACCCUAGUAAAACCAGCUUUGUACAGUACGUUAUUACAGAGUGUUGUGGUAAUAAUUUUUGUAUUCGUAGUCUCAAAAUGUAAAAUAAACUGCUAUUUAAAAAAAUAAAUUACAAUACAUUGUUAAUACAUUGUGAAAUGGUUUAUCUUAACCUUCCUGCAAAAAUUCACCAGAAUGUGUAAAACAUUUGCAGUAUAUUUAUAUUUAUUUAAGAUUAAUUAGGCAAAAUGGCACUGAAAUAUAAUGUUGCUUUCUCAAGCAACGUCAGUUACAUAUACGGUAUGAGCAUUACUGCUUUUUGGCGAGUUAUCGUUCAAAUAAUUUAAUUGCUUAAGUUAUUUACACGGAAAAGCCUCACUGAGUCUCGACUCAUUUUCAGGAGGGCCCUGCCUUUGAAUGCUUGGCUUUCCCGCUUUCCCGUGUGUGAAAGAACCAUGUACGUGUGCAUGUGGGAGGGAACCAGAGUGCCCCAGAGAAACCCCCACAUACACACGAGCUGACAUUACUCAAACUGUGUACAAAACACAGUUGAACAACCUACUCGCUAAACUGCUCCAUAAUAGCCCCUCAUUGGCUGAAUGAGCACGCACACGGAACAUUCUGCUCGAUAUACCAAUGUGACCUGCAAGGUCGCUGGAUUGCAGACACGUGUAGCCACAAUGUGCAACUGAAGUGCCCUGUUUAGAUGUAGGAACCUGCAAAGUUACGUGACCUGCUCCUACCAAUUUACGUCGCAGGGUUCAGAUUACAGAACGCUGUGUGCUUUAUUAAAGUCGUGGGAAACUGAUGCGUGGUGAGUGUGAUGCGUAAUUGUGAGGUCACACAAACGACUAUAACACUCGGAAAGGUCCUCUGUGUGAUCUUUCCAACAAAGUUAACGAUUGUUAAACCACCAUGACAAAAUAGUUUUGUUGUGGGUCGUUUUUUUAAGUUAAUAAAAUAAGAAACAUUGCAGAGACGUGAUUAAAAACACGAUAAAAUUGUAAAAGUUGUUUUGGAAAAUUAGUUCCCAUUACGAAAUGGAAUACUACAUGAAAUAUUCGUUUCCAAUUAAAGGCUAAAUGAGAGUAAUCCAGUAACACAAAACUUAAUACAUUUUUCAACAACACUUGACUUAAAGGGACACAAACAUAAUAGGUGCUGUUUUAGGCAUUGGCACUGCAUAAUUGGUGUGCUGUGAAGAAGGGCCAUUUACUGAAAUGUUGCCUAUUAUGGAUAUAUAUUUCCUUGUAAGGCCACAGUCGUUUCUGACGAAUGUGUUGUAUGUUUUGUUAUUUGUGCUUGUUCACUACUCUGCCAAUGCAGUACCACCAACUAAUUGUUUAAUUCCGUAACAAUAGAUUUGCAUAGACAUUGAUGUGUAUUUACGCUGGGCGUAUUUACAGUAUUGUACAAUGCAUCACAGCUUCAUAACAAAAGAUUAUCUUUUGGUUCUGGAAAACAAAAGCAUCUUCUCUGACCUCUUGAACAAAAAAGAGAGAUUAUACAACGAAUAGAAAUAAUAUAUACAAUAUCUACACAGAUAUGUUGCUUUAUGUAUAAUAUAUAGCUAUACUACUUACCCCUAAACAUAUAAGAUGGUAUAUUAUUAUUAUUAUUUAAAUCUAGAUGCAUUUAACAUUUAAUACAUAUAUCUUAGUCAGCCUACAAACAACCCACCAAAGCAAAGUCCAUUCAUAAUUCACAGUGCAUUAUGAGCUCAGGCAAAAUAAAUAAAUAAAAAUGCAUACAACAUUUCAAAGAUAUUAGCACAAACCCAGAGAACAUCUUUAUAUAUAACAUUCCUUUUCUUCAUUUGUCAACCCUUCAUGAAGACCUUACGCCUGGGUCAUUCAGCAUGAAAUGACGACUUGGUCCAGAAUUUUCUAAUUCAGGGGCAAAGUCAGACAGGCGUGAUAUUGGUAGCUGCACCAGGCCCUGCCUAGCAGUGCAUUGAUUCAAUUAUAAUUCUUCCACAAUUCUGCCCGUCCAGUGAGUGGGUGUCCAUCGUCCUGGGUAGCAUUACUGGAAACACUGGUGGGCAGAGCGAGCCACAGAGAGCUGCACACAUCUCUCCUUGUGUCGCUUCUCCGAGUGUAAAGCCAGGAACCCGUAGAUGCUUGUGCUCUCUGUCGCAAAAAAGUCAUCAUGAUUUCAUUGCUCAAAUGAGCAUUUGUGGAGGUGCUCAUGUCCUGUUUACAGCCCUGAGCCAGUAGGGGAAAUUCCACAUUCCCAUGGUGAGGGCGAGUCUGUCCAUAGGACAACCACGGUUGACUUCCCAACACAAUUGUAAUCAUUUUAUUAACCCCAGAGGGAUGAAGGGCUGAGUCAACCCCCGACCAGGAAUUAAACUUGUAAUCUUUCGAUCGCGAGUCACUCGCUCUACCGCUAGAGCCACUUGGCUGGCAAACGUUGAUGAUUGAAGUGCACUCUUCCACAGUGAGAGUGUGAAGCCCCAAUGUCUCGUGAAAUAAUAGUGAAGGUUGUUUAAGAUGCCAUGGCAAAACUUUGCUUAGACUCGAUUGAUUAAGAACAUGUUUUUAUAGCGUGUUUGUGUUGUGUUUAUGUUUAGAAUGCCACACAGCGGUGGCUCUGGUGAUUUAACUGCCAGCGCUGAGCAAAGUGACUCAGCAGAGAAUGUGCUGAUAAAUUAGACCAACCCACCCGCUUAAAAAUGCAUACACUUAUUGACCGUGCAUAUAUGCUGUUAUACACAGGGCUUAAUUUCUCAUUUCAUUUAUUUCGAAACACUGUUGGGCAGGCUUGGAGUAGGGAUUAUUGGCAUAAGGCACUGCAAUUACAGUACAAGGCAUGCCUAUCCAUAAUAAUCCUAUAUAAUAGUGGUCUGUAUUCCUACACUCCUAUGAAGAGGUUUAGGAAACAAUUAGGCAAUGGACAUGGUAUGCGAAAAUUCCGCCUAAAAUUAAGCGCUGCUCAGAAAGAAGUGUUCAAUAACGAACACGUUAAUAGGUCAAGGUUUUUAGACAGUGGGUUGAACAACAGAAGUUUUUAAAUAAGAAAAUGCUUACGACAAAUAUUUACCGCAAUAUUUCAUAUUUCAUGAAGCCAUAUCAAAUAAGUAUAUUUAAAUCAUAAAUGGUAUUAUUUCAUUCAGUUACAUCAUGAUAUGGCAGUGAACAUUUCUGCAUGGUGAAGAUUACAUAGACUGAGCGUACACUGUCCGGUGAACUGGUCUACAAUGUCUGUUUUGUGAUUAAAGACAAUGAAAAUGACACUUUAAAAAAGUCAAUGUUCUGACUAAUGGGUAGAGUGACUAUCUUGAUUUAAAGCUUUCGUGACUGCAGGAAUCCAUACUCUUUGAUUCUUUCGGUAAAGUCAUGUAGUUAGAAAAUAUAAUAGAUCACGAAGUUUCGAUCGCAACGCAAGCAACCGUCAUCAACGUCGUCAUCAGGCGAUUGCUUGCGUUGCGAUCGAAACGUCGUGACCUAUUAUUUUUUUCUACCUACGUGACUUUACCGAAAUAACCAAAGAGUAGGGUAAGUGACUGUUGAAAGAAAAUGAGCUAAAAUGAUGAUUGCCUACUACAAAGCCCUCUUAUAUGCUAAUUGGUAUAAUUUCAGCCCAUAAUGGACAGAUGGUCAUAUUGUUUCCAAACCGUGCUUAUUGUACCAUUACACACACAAAUACAAACGUGUGUGGACAAGACUGAAUGCAUACAGUCGUCUUCAGUCAACUACAUGUUUGUUACAGACAUUAUCAGUAAGUCACACCCAUGCACCUAUGUACUUUUUACAUAUACAUUAAAUAAGUUGUAACUUUCCUAAUACAGUACAAACUAUUUGUGUGGUUCUUGCUAAUCAAAACCUGUGUUCAUUACAUAGCGGCUGUGUCGAAAGUCUAAUAUGCAUAUCCAAGCACAUCCUACAGACCUUGCAUAUUGUGGAGAUAUGUUCACUUCAUAAUCAUGCACUGGCUGAUGAAUGUCAAUUGAGAUCAGUGGCAGUCUGUCUCUGAUGCUGAAUGAUUUUACUUCACAGCUGUAGCUGUACAGAAUUAAUUACUAAUCUUCCCCCCAAAAUUCCCCCAAACGUCAUUCAAAACAAACAAAAAAAAUCAAAUUACAUCUAUUAAACAAGUAUGGGAAUAAAUAAAAUGAAGUAAUAAUUUAAAAAAAUAUUGACAUCAAGUAUAAUGUUUAUAUUUUUCUACAUUAAUUUGAUUGCAUUGCAAGUAUUGAAUACCUAAUGUAGGCUACGGGCAAAACAAAUCAAGUGGAUGUUUUAGUGGGUGUAAGCAAUUUUUAUUGUAAAGAGUUAUGCUUACACAAUAGCAUUGUAGUAACCCUAAAUACUGUAUGUGGAGAGUUGUGUAUAUUACAAAUGAGGUAUAAAGUAUGGUUGUGGUUUUUGUACAGUAAGCAGUGGUAAAUUUUGUUAGUCCUGUGUUAACAAUGGCGAAAUUAAAAAAAACAUCUUUCAAUGUGGAUUAUUACACACACACUUGUUUUGGUUAUCUAUGAGUUUAUAAGCCGGUAGAAAUUAUUAUUCCAAACUCUUUGCUUUUGUCACUGAUGACACAACGUGUAACCGUGGUGUGGUUUUUUUGCAUUAGAAUGCAGGGCCAGCAGCUUUUGUCAAGGCUCUGCACAGGUCUUGAAAUAUUUAAAACAAGAAACAUGUUUUCUCUUUGCUGAAAAAGUAUGUGUGCAUAAAACUAAUUUUGUUUUUGUAUGUGUAAGUUUUAUUGGAAUAAAUUAUUGUAAUAUAUAA